AUGCCAGAGGGCCGGAUGCUGCCUGACUUCAAUCCCAGCGAGACUCCAUUCAGUCACUGUGGCUUCCAGACCAGCAACGCCAGCUAUGGAGGUCACAGACCUUUGACUUCCCUCGGGUCAUCCUCCUGGCUGCUGACUGGGCUGAGUCGUCUGGGGCCGCUGGACCACUUGGAGCUGCACACAGCGGCCCACAGCUGUGUGGGGACCAAGGGGGCAUCACCCCAGUACCAGCCUCACCCAAGUACCAACCCUACCUGGGUGCCAACCACACCUGAGUACCAGCCCCACCAGAAUACCAGCCCCAUCAGAGUACCGGCCCCACCCGAGUACCGGCCCUACCCGAGUACCAGCACCACCCGAGUACCAGGCACACCCGAGUACAAGCCCCACCUGAGUACCAGCCCCACUCGAGUACCAGCCCUACCCAAGCACCAGCCUCACCCAAGUACCAGCCCAUCCCCACCCGAGUACCAGCCCCACCUGAGUACCAGCCUCACCAGAGUACCAGCCCCACCCGAGUACCAGCCCCACCAGAGUACCAGCCCCACCAGAGUACCAGCCUCACCCGAGUACCAGCCUCACCAGAGUACCAGCCCCACCAGACUACCAGCCUCACCAGAGUACCAGCCCCACCAGAGUACCAGCCUCACCAGAGUACCAGCCCCACCAGAGUACCAGCCUCACCCGAGUACCAUCCCCACCCGAGUACCAGCCCCACCAGAGUACCAGCCUCACCCGAGUACCAGCCUCACCCGAGUACCAGCUCCACCAGAGUACCAGCCCCACCAGAGUACCAGCCCCACCCGAGUACCAUCCCCACCCGAGUACCAGCCCCACCCGAGUACCAGCCCCACCCGAGUACCAGCCCCACCAGAGUACCAGCGCCACCAGAGUACCAGCCUCACCAGAGUACCAGCCCCACCAGAGUACCAGCCUCACCCGAGUACCAGCCUCACCCGAGUACCAGCCCCAUCUGGGGGCUGGGCCCCAUAG